AUGAACACUGUGCACCUGAACACUGUGCACCUGAACACUGUGCACCUGAACACUGUGCACCUGAACACUGUGCACCUGAACACUGUGCACCUGAACACUGUGCACCUGAACACUGCAGAGGAGGAAGAGGAGGAGGGGGAGGAAGAGGAGGAGGAGGAGGAGGAGGAAGAGGAUGAGGGGGAGGAGGGGGAGGAGGAGGAGGAGGACAUUGAAACUAAAUUUCAGCGAGGAAACAGAGGAGACCGCAAGGAGACCGAGGAGACCGCAAGGAGACCGAGGAGACCGCAAGGAGACAGCAAGGAGACAGUAAGGAGACAGAGGAGACGGCAAGGAGACAGAGGAGACGGCAAGGAGACAGAGGAGACAGAUGAGACUGAGAGGAGGCCAAGGAGACAGAGGAGAGAGAGGAAACAGAGGAGACCGCAAGGAGACAAAGAAAACCCCAAGGACACCGAGGAGACAGAGGAGAUCACAAGGACACUGAGGAGACAGAGGAGAUCACAAGGACACUGA